UCUUGAUUUUAGUUUAUACUACAACACUAGCUGCUGUACUCCAAGUUUGUUUUCCUUACAAUGAAAUCCAAUGAAUAGAUCUUGAAAAAGACAGAUGUGAAGGCCCACAACAUUUAGCAACAAAGAUUCUUGAAAUGGCUUCAUUUGCAUUUGGUAUUUGUACUAACUUUACUUGUACUACUAGCACUAGUAGUAGUACUAUACUCCCAUUACACACCAACCCCAUUUGUAGAUUGUCAUUCAAGAACUCAGUGGUUAAUUCUGCAACAAAUUCAUUCUGUUUUUCUCUUUGCAGUCAGAAGGCACUUGCUCGGGAGAUCGUCCAACUUCAAAGGGUUCUCGCGAUGGCAGUUAAUGUAGAGAAGGCACCUGAAAGGUAUGCAGUGGUUACAGGGGCAAACAAGGGAAUUGGCUUCGAGACCGUCAAACAGCUUGCAAAUUCAGGUGUGACGGUUGUCUUAACAGCCAGAAACGAAAAGAGGGGAAUGGAAGCAACAUCCUUGCUGAAUGAACAAGGUUUUCCGAAUGUUGUUUUUCAUCAGCUUGAUGUUCUAGAUGCUCAGAGCAUUGAGUCCUUGGCAAAGUUCAUACAAACACAAUAUGGGAGGCUUGAUAUUCUGGUAAAUAAUGCUGGAGCUUCCGGAGUUGUAGUUGAUGAAGAUGUCCUAAGGGCCUUGAACAUAGAUCCUGAAGACUGGUUAGCAGGGAAAGCUGUCAAUGCCAUUCAAGUUGCGAUGAAAACAACCUACGAAAGUGCCAAAUUAUGCUUGGACACUAAUUACUAUGGUGUUAAGAAUGUUACUGAAGCUCUUCUUCCACUGCUUCGAAACUCAUCUUCAGCAAGAAUUGUUAAUGUCUCCUCCCUUAGAAGUGAAUUAAAGCGAGUUCCAAACGAGGAGAGGAGAAAGGAGCUCGGAGAUAUUGAAAACCUGACAGAAGAUAAACUCGACAAGAUUCUACAGAAAUUUUUGCAUGAUCUGAAACAAGAUGCUCUCGAGGUGAACGGCUGGCAGAUGAUGCUACCAGCAUAUAGCAUAUCAAAAGUAUCACUCAAUGCUUACACUAGAAUUCUUGCAAGAAGGUACCCGAAAAUGUGCAGCAAUUGUGUCCAUCCUGGAUAUGUCAAUACGGAUAUAAACUGGCAUACAGGAACAAUGCCUGUUGAAGAAGGAGCUGAAGGCCCUGUCAUGCUAGCUCUUUUGCCAGAUGGGGGACCUUCUGGUUGCUAUUUUGAUCGUACAGUAGUAGCUGAGUUUUAGCUAUAACAACAACUAUGCCUCAGUUCCAAACAAGUUGGGGUCAGUUGCUAAGUUUUUAAUC